AUGCUGUUCCGCUACUACAUCGACCAGGUGUCCAACUUUUUCGACCUCUGCGGCCCGUACCGCUUCUUCCGGUCCGAGGUGCCGCACCGCGCGCGCGAAAACAGCACCCUCGCCAACGCCAUAUUCGCGCUGUCGGCGCGCCUGCUCCACUGGCGCGAGGGCCUGGACUCCUACGUCGCGGACCGCUACUACCACGCGUGCCUGCAGACGCUGAUCCCGACGCUGAACGACAGCCAAGCCUUCCUGGACGACUCGCUCCUCGCCGCGACGGUGCUGCUGCGCAUGCUCGAGGAAAUCGACGUGCACAUCUUCGGCAGCGACGCGCAAGGCCACCUCAGCGGCCUGCAGGCCAUCAUCCGCGCCACGACAACAACAACAACAGCCGCGCGCUCCCCCCCGCCCUCCGGCCUCCGCCAAGCCGCUUCCUGGGCCGCGUUCAGACAGGAGCUCUGGAUGGCGCUGCAGACGCAGCGCCCCGUCGCAAUGCGCUCCCGCGACCUCGACGCCAUCUGCGGCUUCGAGCGCGACCAUGGCUUUCGUCCCGCUGACGACUGGGUGUGGGCGCAGCGCGCGGUCGCGCAGUUUGGAGAGGCGCUGGAGUGGGCGUUUGGUGCUGGGGGGGGAGGGGGAGGGGGAGGGUGUGGUGGUGGUGAUGGAGACAGUGAUGGCGACGCGGACGCAGGCGUCGAGCCCGCGGCUGGAGGGGAGGCGGCGUGGCGGGCGCGGCUGCGCGAGAACGCGGCCUGGAGGGCUAGUGUGCCGCGGAGCUAUGAGCCGUUUUUUGGGGGGUGGGGUGAUGAUGAUGACGACGAUGAAGACGAUGGUGAUGGGGAAAGGGACUUGGGCUUGGUGGAGGAGAAGCCGUUGCCGGAUGUGAGGUUUUGCGCGGAUUUGUAUGCAACCGCCCACAACUACAACCUCUUCGCGCACAUGAUCCUCAUCGUGCACGACCCGACGGUGCCGCGCCUGGGGCCUUUACGCCGGGCCGCCGUUGCUGCCGUCGACCGGCGCGCCCGCAACACAGUACGCAAGCUCGUCGCCCUCGCGCUCGCGAAUUUCGACGCUUCGCCUGCGGCGCUGCUGGCUUGUAUGGCGGUUAUUUUGUGCGGCGACCGCUUCGCCCCCUCGCCCCACCAGGGCCAGCACGACCAGCACCAGCGCUAUCGCGCAGAACAACACCGCUUCCUGGCCCUGCUCACCGCGACGGAGAAGCGGCAUGGUUGGCCGACGGCGCGGGCACGGGCGCAGUUAAGGGAGGGGUGGGGCUUCUAA